AGAAACCAAACUGCAUGAAACAUGAAAAGGCUUUGAUGAGUUAAGGUACAACAGGCAUUCAGAAUGCUGCAGAUUGAGUAGGAGACAGAGAUGGGCUGAGGCUGAAAGGUGGACCAACGCCAAAUCCUGAAGCAGCUGGAAAACCUGCUAAGUACUUCUCCUAAAGGCGGUGGAAUAUAAACUCCAUGGCUUAAGGGACUUUAUCUGUAUCCUUCAAGGCUGCAACCCAGGCCUAGAAGAAUGUCUGCUGAUUCAUAAGAGACAUCAAAGCAUGCAAAGAACAACAUGCAGAGACACCAAAGAACAGCAAAGCUGCUUUGAAAUCAGAAAUUUGGAAUGGAGCGAUCUCAAUGUGGUUUGGUAAUCUCAAUGCCAUGGGAAGUAAGGAAGCUACCCAGCGUCAGGACGCUCCGCUCACGGCGAGCGGGCUGGCCAAUGGAGUUGCCCUAAAGAGGGAGGGGACCCCGACCCGAGUAAGUUUACAACGCGACGCUGUCAGGCGCCCGCAGCAGCAAGAUGACGAGCGCGCAGUGCAGACCCGGAGCUCGGCGAGCGCAAUUCCGUCCCGCCUGAGCGAGGCUGCGGUUUCCGAGGCCCUCUCCAGCCAAGAAAAAGAUACGGGAAAAGCCUGGAUUUCUCUCAUUGAAGCAACCCUCACAGCAAGUGAAGGCUCUCUACGCGUCGCCCUCUAGCGGUCGCUGGAGAAGCGCCACCUCCUGUUCCUGGGGACACUGCGCACCAUGGUGUCCACCAGCAUCCCGCUGGGCAAGACUCAUCGUAGCUCUGUCUCCGACUAUGUCAACUAUGACAUCAUCGUCCGGCAUUACAACUACACGGGAAAGCUGAAUAUAGGCGCAGACAAGGAGAACGGCAUUAAAGUGACCUCAGUGGUGUUCAUUCUCAUCUGCUGCUUUAUCAUCCUAGAGAACAUCUUUGUUUUGCUGACCAUUUGGAAAACCAAGAAAUUCCACCGACCCAUGUACUAUUUUAUCGGCAACCUGGCCCUCUCAGACCUGUUGGCAGGAGUGGCCUACAUACUCAACCUGCUUUUCUCAGGGGCCAACACCUACAAGCUCACCCCCGCCCAGUGGUUUCUGCGGGAAGGGAGUAUGUUUGUGGCUCUGUCUGCCUCUGUGUUCAGCCUCCUAGCCAUCGCCAUUGAACGCUAUAUCACCAUGCUGAAGAUGAAACUGCACAAUGAGAGCAACAGCUCCCGCUCCUUCCUGCUGAUCAGCGCUUGUUGGAUCAUCUCCCUCAUCCUGGGUGGCCUGCCCAUCAUGGGCUGGAACUGCAUUGGCAUGCUGCCCAGCUGCUCCACGGUGCUGCCCCUCUACCACAAGCACUAUAUCCUCUUCUGCACCACAGUCUUCACCGGGCUCCUUCUGUCCAUUGUCAUCCUAUACUGCAGGAUCUACUCCUUGGUCAGGACUCGGAGCCGCCGUCUGACCUUCCGCAAGAACAUUUCCAAGGCCAGCCGCAGCUCAGAGAAGUCGCUGGCUCUGCUCAAGACGGUGAUUAUCGUCCUGAGCGUCUUCAUCGCCUGCUGGGCGCCCCUCUUCAUCCUGCUCCUGCUGGACGUGGGCUGCAAGGUGAAGACCUGCGACAUCCUCUUCAAAGCCGAGUACUUCCUGGUGCUGGCGGUGCUGAACUCCGGCACCAACCCCAUCAUUUACACUUUGACCAACAAGGAGAUGCGCCGGGCCUUCAUCCGGAUCAUGUCCUGCUGUAAGUGCCCCAGAGGAGAUGCCACCGGCAAAUUCAAGCGGCCCAUCAUCGCUGGCGUGGAAUUCAGCCGCAGUAAGUCGGACAACUCCUCUCACCCGCAGAAGGACGAUGGGGACAACCCAGAAACUAUAAUGUCCUCUGGGAACGUCAACUCUUCCUCCUAGAACUGGAAGCUGCCGACUCAUGGGGAGCGUCGCUUGUGUGGUCACCCACCACCCCAGUGUUGGGGAAAAAAAUCUUUGUGCCUCCACUGCUGCCAGGGAGGAGCUGCUGGAGCCAGAGGCAGGUUGGGGGAGAGUAACAACUGCCUGGUGGUGCCGGGUGGGGUCGGUGGGUAGAGGUAGUUCCUGUGAACAAUGCACUGGGAAGGGUGGAGAGCAGGUCCUCGCCAGGAAUCUAUUUCCCCCCCGCCUGGAGCUUUGAUUUUGCACUGAGCCAAAGGUCUAGCAUUGUCAAGCUCCUGAAGGGUUCGUUUGGCCCCUCCUCAAAGACUAAUGUCCCCUUGUGAAAGCGUCUCUGUCCAGAGCAUUGAAGAGAUGUUUUCUUUCACUUAUUUUCCAACCCAAAUGAGUGUGUGCACUUCUGCUUCUGUAGCUAUGCUCCAUAUCCCACCCCCCCUUCCCUUCACACCCCUCCUCAACAUUCUUUUACUUAAUAUUUUAACUACCUGCUGUUCAUCAGAGCUGGGGGUGGGGUGGGUGGCAUGGUCGAUUUCUCUGUCAUCUGUAGCUGAUAGGCUGUGUCCAGGAGGUAGACUGUGAGGAGAUGGAGAUGUAAAGCAAUUUCAUUUGCUGAGGCCAAAGUUUCCAUGUAAACUGGAUCGGUUUCUUGGAAUUUGGUUGUAGUCACUUUGAUUUUUUUUUUUACAAGUUUACAAUGGCAUGUGUUAUAGUAUCACAGUCAUUGUGGCUGAAAUCUGCAUAUGGAAGUUUAGUUCAUCUAAAUGGUAUCAGCCAGGAUCCUAGUAUCAUAGGAGAAACAAACAAGCAAGACAAGGUGAGAACUGACUGGGGGAAACUUUGUAAACCAAGAGAGAUUUCCUAACAAUUUUGUCUAACAAAUACAACAUCUGUCUUUGGCACUUUUGUUGAUGUUUAUUUCAGAGUGUUGUGUGACUCAUUUCAACCAACAGAAUGGUUGUAUUUUGUUGUGUCAAAAGUACUUUUCAUGGUUUUUGAAUGUAUUUGUUUCAGCAUUUUAUUGGAUUUUUCUAACCUGUGUUAACACCAUUGAAUGUGUAUUUCUUAAAGUAUCACCCACAUGUGCCCUUAAAGCAUUACUUUAACUGAUAGGGAACACCAGUACAGCUGUUUAUUAAAUAGUUAAUUGAAGAUGUGUAUAAAUGUUACAAAGAAUAAAAAUGUAUUGCUGUCUCUUUAGUAUGGUUUUCAGUGCAAUUAAACCAAGAAAUGUCUUUAAAAAAAUAGUAUUUAAUAGGUUUCUGACUUUUGUGGAUCAUUUUGCACAUAGCUUUAUCAACUUUUAAACAUUAAUAAACUGAUUUUUUUUAAAGA